AUGUGUGGAGUUUUCAUGGGAGAUUCUGUGGCCAUCACUUUGGGGCCAUGGAGUGGAGCGGCAUGCACAGGGUUGAGGAGCGUGCAGAUCCUCUCACCUAAGAGGGAAAAUAGUGGCCUGGUGGUUGCCAGUAUGAAACAGAACCACAGGUCAGUGGCCUGGGGCCCAGCCUCUCGCCCCUCCCCAUCUCUUGCUCAGGGAACCUCAGGAUGGCUGAAGCGGCAGGUGCCUGUGGUUUGGGGUCUCACCCUUGGAGCUGGUUGGCUUUUCCUCAUUGGUUCCAGAUUCUGGGCAGCCCCCUCAGAGGAUGCUUGCCUCCCAGGACCCCAAGGCCCAGGCACGGCCCUCUCUACCCACCUCCCCACUGCAGGUGACUGUACUCCUUCCUUGUUCUGA